ACUAAUUUAAGACUACCUUUUCCGGAAGACUCACUUUUUACCCGGAAGUAUUCAACCGAAAGCCAAGAUAAUAGUUUGGAACAUCAAUGGGGGUAACUUGUGUGUGCCAGGUGCCGGUGGCUGAGGGGAAGAGUGUGCAGCAAACAGUGGAUCUGCUGCACAAGAAACUGGAGCAGCUGAGUGCUGUGAAGCAGGGCAGCUUCUGUGUAGACUGCGAGACAUACCACGCAACAGGAAAUGUUAGCGGUCAGCCCUCCAAGCUCUUAUACGUGAUGCACAACUCUGAAACGCCCCUGAGCUGCCUGGCUUUGUUUGAAGGUGGACCCCACCUGAUAGCUGACGCAAACUUUGAUGUUCUCAUGGUGAAACUAAAAAGUCACUUCCAAAAUGCCAAGGGGCACAAGGUGGAGUGUCGUGGUGCUAGAUACCGCUACUGUGACUUUUUGAUAAAAGUCGGUACUGUAACAAUGAGCUCCAGUGCCAGAGGGAUAUCGGUAGAGGUGGAGUAUUGUCCCUGUGUCAUCCCAGGGGAUUGCUGGAAUCUUAUGAAGGAGUUCAUGCAGUCCUUUCUCGGCUCCAGCGUACCCGAACUGCCAUCUGUGUUUGCUGCCAAACCCGAAGGACUCUUUGCACCAGCAGACUCAAUCGACACCAUGACUCAGUACCUGGAGCUGUUCAACAAACUUCGUAAACUUCAAAUCCCGGGAAGUAAUGUCCGUUGAGCUAUCGUUGCCAAUGGAGAGACUUGUUUUUCAUGUUUGUACUGCUUUAAUUCUGGUCCUGUGGAUCAGCAUGGUUUCCAGGCAUUUUUUAUUUCCAUUUCUGUGGCCUCACCAUUGCAUGAUCUUCCUAUUUGUUGAAAGCAUCUUGUAAUAAAGAGAC